CUGAGAACUAUGCACGCUUGGGAACCGUCGCCGAUGGAAAAGACCAAGGCUCCAACUGAAGGUUGUGCAACUUUUCAGAAAUAACAGUAAGAAUGUUGCAGCUCCCGGGCUCUUUCGCGCUGCGUCCUGAACCUUGUCUCUUACGGACGGCUUUGUUUCUGCGGAGGAGGCGCUUGCUUGUCGUAACGGCGUCUGCAGCUGCGUCUGGUGCCAAAUGGAGGAGUGCCGAUGCAUUCCGGCUUUACAUUUUAUAUCCCCAGUGCCUUGGUGUCAUGCUGGAUACCUCUGCUGGCUUCUCGGGGCCUUUGCGCUGUGCACCAGUUUGGGCAACGUCACGGAAUACCGACGGCCACCAGGCAGCAAAGAUGGAGGUUAAUUGCCUUGAUAUGCCCAGGAAGGCAGAUGCCAGAGAUUUGCCAAAGCAGCUUGCUCCCAAGGUGACUGGUAGCAGCCGCAUGUCAGAGCAGGAGCGUGUUGCACGUAAAGCGGCUCGGUUGGCGGACAGGUCCUCAACAGCUGCACGUAACAGGGAAGGCUGCUGCUACGGCUGCGGCGCAAUUCUGCAGACGGAGGUGUCUCGAGGGGCUGGGUACGUGGCCCCUGAAAAGUACGCAGUGCGGAAGCAGCGUCGGCAGCUGGACAAGGUGCUGUGCCAGCGCUGCAGUGAUUUGUGCAAUGGCGCUAUGAUUCCGGCGGUGCAGGACUUUCCCCAGAAGCUGCAGCUUCGUCAACUGGUGGGCGGUGCCACCACUUUUGAAGGAAUUGAAAGUGGAGACGGUAUUUUGGGUAGGGAGGGACUCAGAGACCAGUCAGUAAAGGUGGUGGGGCCGUCAGCAGGCGGAACAAGUAGCAAUGCAGUCGGGGCGGAUGCCAGCACCGCCAACCUGCUGGGAAAGGUACUGGUCAGCCCGGAGCAGCUCAGGGGACAACUAAAGACGUUGGCACUGCGUGCCGCGCUGGUGGUACUGCUGGUGGACCUCACGGAUGUGGCUGGCAGCCUCUUGACGCGGGUGCGGGAUAUGGUGGGGCGGAACCCCAUUGUGCUGGUGGGAACCAAGAUGGACCUGCUGCCGGAGGGCUGCCGGCCAAGUGAUGUGGCAGAGUGGCUGUCGGGUGCGGCGGCUACGAAAAAGCUCAACGUGGUUUCGGUGCACCUUGUUUCAAGCCAUACCCGGGACGGUAUGUCUGCUGCCGUGGCCGUGAUUUGCAGUGAGCGCAAGUCGCGCGAUGUGUACGUGGUGGGGGCUGCCAAUGUUGGCAAAAGUGCCUUUGUACGGGCGAUGCUGAAGGAGAUGGCUCGGACUGACCCGGCAGCCUUGGGCAUGGGCAAGUAUCUCCCUGUGGAGAGCGCAAUGCCGGGCACUACCCUUGGGCUCAUUCCGCUGAGGGCCUUUUCCAGCGGCGGGGUUUUGUUUGAUACCCCGGGCAUCCACCUCCAUCACCGCGUUCUGCACAUGCUGUCGCCGGCCGAGCUCAAGCUGCUGCACCCACGACGCCGGCUCUCUGCGUAUGUGCCACCCUUGCCAGUGGAGCUGACGGAAGGAGACAGCGAUGACGUGGGUGCUAAUGAGGUCGUGGCAACCAACCCGCCGGUCAGAGGACCGCCCAGUACAGCUCUUGUAUUCUACGGACCAACAACGCUGCGGGUGGUUGGGUUGCCGUACAUCCCGCCGGACAAGCAGCUCCAAGUUGACUACAGCGAUGGUAGCAGCAGCACCAAUGUGCUUGUGUGCACGGACUCUGUGGCCCUGCGAGGCGGGCUGCAGCCUAAGGACGUGGUGGUGCGAGCUAAUGGUGCCGCUGGAGUGGCUGCUUUGGCUGACGUAGUUAUUUCGGGCCUGCCUGGGUGGGUGUCUGUCUGCGCCCCGAAAGCCAAGCAAGAUGUAAGAUUGCGCAUUUGGGCUCCUCGUGGCGUGGAGGUAAUGCUGCGUCCUGCAAUGCCCUGCCGCCCGCUGCGUGCGCUGGAAGGGGCUGGGCGGGGCGAGCGGGGUCGUGGAAGCGCGGAGGCCAGCGAGGAGCCCGCUGCACUUUACGAGUGGUCUCGCGCGUUGGCAGAUGGAGUGAGUGAUCCCACCUCGAGCCCCGCCUGGUGGGAAGCCAUGGCGGCGCUCAAGGACGAGGACCUGCCUGGAUACAGCGUGGCUGCGGCCGCUGAGAGCAGCCGCAGUGGCAGGCUCCCCCGCACGGGUACCCGUGGACAAACGUUGAGGCCGCGGGCCGUCGCUGGCAUCAGUGCUGACGCUGACAGUGCUGACGGUGACGACGACCUGCCAGACUGGGAUGACGAAGCCGAGGUCCUGGAUGAUGACGGCGAUGAUGGCUCUGAUGUAGGAGGGGAUGACGAGGAGGGGGUGCUUAUCACGGCGCGCGUGGAGGACAUUUUGAAGCGACCCAGGUUGGAUAUCCUUAGCCAACUGGAUCUGGAGCUGGUCCCCGAUGAAGCAGAAGAAGUUGAGGACGACAUCGGCAGUUUUACAAUGAUGAAAUCAUUGGGCGGUCGCAGACGCCGCGACGGGCCCGCAGCCGACGGCAUGUGGGAUCCGUUGGGUAACGUCCCAUCUGUGACCAGUGCGGUCGUAUCGCCCGCUGUGCAGCUGCAACGAUCCGCUGGGGUUAUGCCGAGGCGCAAGUUGGCGACCACGCAGUUGGGAAGGCGCACGGCUGUGAGUCGGAGCAGCGAUGUGGCAACCGCGGGACGGGAGCGAGAUGCGGCUCCAGAAGCGCCAUGGGCUGAGGCAGAAGCAGAGCCUGACGAGGCACCAUCGGAGGGGCAGGGUUCUACUCCGCGGGGAACCCGUCUCCGCCUCGGCCGCAGGAGGAAAAUUGUCCGGGUAGCGGUGUCGGUGGAUGGUGCAGAGAGCGAAGUUUCGUAA